ACUUUGAAGCCUUCUGCGCUGGCUUGAAAAGCCGCCGCCACAUGUCUGCCUAGGCAAGGCAGGCACCCCUAGAGGUACUCUCACAGCAAGCCUUCGAACUGGACCAUGUUUAGACAGCAGGCUAUCCUCGGUCUCGCCCGCCGGUGCGGCGUGUGCCAGCGCCCUGCCGGCCGAAUACUACCAUGGCUCCCGGGCCACACCGCAGGGCAUGACACUUCCCGCCUCCUCCAUCGCGCUGGCCCGACCCAGCGUCUGCUUUCAUCGGCCCCGCCGACCACUGUCGCCCCCGAAGUCGGCGCCGGGAAGGCCAGGUCCUUCGCCGACUCGCUAGCUCGCAAAAACGCCGCUACCAUACUCUAUGAAGCCCCCUCGCAUACUCUCUCCCGCUUCUCGAGCUACACUGCCGGAAUCUUCUGCUUCCUCUUCUCGGGCUAUCACUACGCGACCGGCAUGGCGAACCCACCAGAAGACAUUGCCUGGUUUGUGCCGCACCUUUAUGGUAUUGUGGUCCUGGCCAUGGGCUCGAUGGGGACAUUUUUCAUCAGUGGCGCCGGCCGCAUCGUGCGCGUCAUCAGUGCCGUGCCCCGCGCCUCCGAGGUGGCCGCAAAAAGCGCCACCCCUGAGACUCGCACCCUGUCCCCCGCCCAGAAGGCCACUGCUGCUGCUGCUGCCGCUGCCGACGCUGCCCGGGGGGUCUCUCCGAUACAGCUUGAGUUGAAGGCGAGCCGAUAUGUGCCCUUCAUCGGUCCCGCGGUGCUGCGCGUGGACGCCGACAAGGUCGUGUUCCCGGCGCGACUUCAGCAGUUGCGCGAGAUGGUCGAGUACCUGAGGCAGGGAGGCUCGCCUGGAGGCAAGCCAGUGAGCGACACCACGCGGGCGCGGCUUGCCGAGAUGGCGCUCCGCCGAGCCCGGGCCGAAGCCGAGGCCAAGUACGACAAAGAGCACCUGAUGACCUCGCCGUUCAGGCACCUGGGCCAAGCCGUAAAGGAGACAUUUGUCGCGACCCGGAGAGCGCUGACCGGCGAGGGCUUCGUCAGGAUCAAGGUGAACAAUGUGCGCUACAAACUCGAUGUCACUAGUGCCUGGGCCCUGGACGGCGGGAGGGCCCUCGACCGACUGAUCACCAUCGACGAAAACAUGCAGCGCCGCCCCAAGCCGAAGCAAUAAUCUCUACGACUACAAGGUCGCAACGAGGACCACACAGGCCUUGGCCUUGUCGGCUAACCGACAUGAUUCUGCUCUUGCGGCUGGCUGCCCUGUACGAUUAAUUCCCUCUGCCUGUCGCUCAGGUUCGGAACUGUAAAUACACGAAGAAGCGGUGUGAGAAGCCAGGCGCUUGCGCAGCCUUUGAUAUGAAAUAAUUUUCACGUUUCAACCCGGCGCUUAGCCUUCACAUUGAGAUGCAAAACCUGAUUUCAUCAAGCAGAAUCCAGAAUCCAAGUCAACGGCAAUUAGCGGUGCGGACCAGACCCGGGAGCCCCAUAGACUCGGCUGCGA